ACGACUCACCCGUGUGUUAGUACUGACGGGCUGUUUCCUCCCCCGCCUGAGCACUCCCUCGUCGGGAAGCUCCCAGAAUGUCACGCGGCCCGAGCGGCCGCGCCGCACGCCGUCGUCAAAUCCCGGCGUGAGCCUGACUCGGCUCACGAACCCAUGACGCUUAUACUCGCUCGACCUCCCGCCUCCAUUUCACUUCAACUCCUGGACGCGGGCCCGUUUUGCAGUCUCGAGCUCGAACCCUCGAACCGGAGAAGCUCGCAAUGGCCUUUUACAACAUCAACCUCGUCGUGGCCAGCGAGCCGCCGCCGCCCAGCGCUCCCCGCGCCAUCACACACAAGUCUCGCGCCCCAGCGACGCCCAUCGUCGGCGGCCGAGGCGAUGACAAGUUCCGCUUCACCGUCCUGCGCGACGGCCUCGUGCGCUACGAGUACGCUCCGGACGGCCACUUCGAGGACCGGCCCUCUGCCUUCGCCGCCCUCCGCGACGAGGCCCUGCAGUCGGCCGCGGUCCCCGACUUCACCGUCCGCGAGACGUCGGCCAGGGUGGAGAUAAUCACGGAGCGGUUCCACCUCACUUACAGCAAGGCCGCCGGCCGCUUCUCGCCAGGGACCCUCUUCGCCCGCGUCUUCGGGCACACAGACGAUGUGUGGCGCUUCGGCGAGGAGCAGCAGACCCUGGGCGGCACGUAUCGCACGCUCGACCACGUCGACGGGCGCGUUGACAUGGGCCACGGCGUGGUUUCGCGAAAAGGCUUCGCGAGCGUCGACGACUCGCGCACGAUGCUCUUCACGCCCGACGGCAGUUUCAUCGCCCCGAGACGGGAGCCCGUAGAGGACCGUAUCGAUGGCUACCUGUUUUGCUACGGCCACGACUAUCGUGCCGCCGUGCGGGCCCUUUACGCAAUCUCAGGCCCGCAACCGCUACUCCCUCGCUGGGCGCUGGGUAACUGGUGGUCACGGUAUAAGGAGUACACGACCGAGUCGUACCUUGAGCUCGUUCGCCUGUUUCGUCGAAAUAGGCUGCCGCUGUCGUGCGCCGUGAUCGACAUGGACUGGCAUUUGGUGCGCGACGACGUGGUCAAGCAAGCACGCCAGUCCGGCUGGACGGGGUACACUUGGAACAAGGCCUUAUUUCCGGACCCAAAGGCGUUCAUCAAGGAACUGCAUCAUCAGGGGCUCAAGGUGACGGUGAAUGAUCACCCGGCCGAGGGCGUGGCCUGCUACGAGGAUAUGUAUGAGGCGGUUGCCCGUAAGCUGAACAUGGAUGCGUCCACCAAAGAGACGAUCCCUUUUGACAUCACCGACAAGAACUUUCUGGAGGCGUAUUUCGACCCGCUGCUCAAGCAUAUCGAGGACGAUGGCGUCGACUUCUGGUGGAUCGACUGGCAGCAGGGACGGUACACGGACAUGCGAGAUGUCGAUCCGCUUUGGGUGCUUAACCACUACCACUACCAGCACAACGCAAAGCGUCUCGCCCAGCGGCAGCGCAGCUCCUCUGCCGAGCACCCGCUCAUCUUCUCGAGGUACGCGGGCCCAGGCAGCCAUCGGUACCCUGUUGGCUUCUCGGGCGACACGAUCGUGUCGUGGGCGUCGCUGGAAUUCCAGCCAGAAUUCACGGCGACGGCGAGCAACAUCGGCUACGGCUGGUGGAGUCACGACAUUGGCGGACACAUGCUCGGCGAGCGCGACGACGAGCUGACGGCGCGCUGGGUGCAGUUUGGAGUCUUCUCGCCCAUCAUGCGGCUGCAUUCGACCAAGAAUGAGUGGAUGUGCAAAGAGCCGUGGAAGCUGCCGGCGGGCUCGGGCCAAGGGCCCCAAGACACGGUCUUCAACUUUUUGCGCCUGCGCCACCGCCUCAUACCGUAUAUUCACACGAUGAAUGCGCGCGCGGCGCACAAGGAGCACGGGGAGCCGCUGGUACAGCCCAUGUACUGGGAGCAUCCCGAGCGCGACGAGGCAUACAGCGUUCCAAACCAGUAUUACUUUGGCACAGAGAUGAUCGUGGCGCCGAUUACCUCGCCGCUGAACCGGGUCACCAAGACGGGCAAGGUGCGUGCAUGGCUGCCGCCGGGCAAAUAUGUCGACUACUUCACUGGGGUGGCCUACGACGGGAACCGACAUUUGUGGUUCAACAGGACUCUGGACAAAUGCCCCGUGCUGUUGAAGCAGGGAGCCAUCGUGCCCCUGGAAAGGGCCGAGGCCCCGGAAAAUGGCGGCAAGAACCCAGACCGGUUCGAGAUUGUCGUGGCAGUGGGGGCAGACGGGCAGUUUGAGCUGUUGGAGGAGGAUGAGGAAGGCAUCACCAUCGCGCGGGAGGCGACCGAGUGGCCCGACUGGAUCAGGACGCCCAUUGUGUUCAAGCAAGCCGAAGGCACCAUCACCAUUGGCCCAACCACGGGCGGGCACCCAGGCCUUCGCCGCAACUGGUCCGUUCGCGUGCCCAGCGUCAAGGUCACGGGACCGGUGACGGCCUCGUACACUGGCGAAGGGCCAGAGCCGCUCGUGUCCGUGGUGAACAGCGCGGUGCACGUGGAGCUGCGCGACGUGCCGCCGCGCUCGCAGGCGGUGAUCCAUCUGGGCGCGAACCCGCAGGUCGCCGUCAACAAGCCCGCCAUGGAGCUGCUGUUCCCCAUUCUGUACAAGGCGCAGGUCGGGUACGAGCUCAAGGAAAAGAUCGAGGCCAUUGUCGAGGACGAAGGGGCGUCGACGGCGGCGCGAGCGAGCCAGCUGGACACGCUGGACAUGGACCCGGACCUGAGGCUGGUGGUGAAUGAGAUCCUGUUUGCAAAGUCGAGCGCCUAGCGUGCCUGUACAGGCUGCCCCCAUUCAUGGCAACGACCUAGGUAAGCAGCCACGCGUGCCCUCGUGCGAAUUGGACGUUGCGCCUUGGAUAUGAAACAGCCGCGGCGAGUUGAGGUGCACCACGGGAGCAACGAAGAAUAGAAUCACAGGCAGAGGAUUAAGCGCUUAAGGAGUUCAUCUGCCUUGACUGGUGGCUUAGCUUCCCAAGAUUCCCAAGCCCAUCAGCAUUAUUAUCCCUACCAGUUGCAGUAACUAACUUGGUGGUAUUCGUAACAUGCGGCACGCCUGCUGGCGCGUGAAAGGUUGUGUGCCGGGACGGAGAGGCGGGCCACCAAUGGCAGCGGCAAAGGGGAGGAUCGCUCAACAGGAUCGUCGACCAAGGCCCGCUAAAGUCUGAC